AUGAAUUUCACAUGUGGACCAUUUAUUGUUUGUGUUAUUGGAAUUUUGUUGCAUUAUUCAUACAGAAAAAUACUCCAUCCGUCCCAAAAUACAAAGUUGAGUCACUUAUUUUGGGACGGUUCUCGGGCUGAAACUGAUAUUCAAAAUUGUAGGUUCUGUGAGAGUGUUGUAAUGUUUGUAAUUAUAUAUUGCUUUUGA